GCAACUAUGGCUUGCUUGGUCAUUUUCCUCCUCUGUCUGGGGCUGCAAGUUGCUGUCCAGUUCUCAGACAUAUCUGUUCAAACCAAAAGUGACAUAGAUAAAGGACUUCUUCACCUUCUUCGAGAACUGCGUCAGGAGGAAUACUAUGACACACUACUUGUAUACGGAGAGGACUGUGUCUUUCACUCCCAAAUCAAAUACUUGGAUGUUCCUACUGUGUUAGUUUCUUCAGGAAACAACAGCUUUGAUUGGAAUUUUAGUAGCCUAACUCUGAUACUAAGUUGUGGUCCUGAAUCAGAAAGAGAAGCAACUAAUCGUACCAUUUUAAAGCUGCAGGGGAACAGACGUCUAAUCUACCUACAAGAUAAAAACCAACCAGAGAAUGUCUGUGAUAAUUACUUCAAAAAGGAUCAUUAUAAUGUAGCCAUGUUGCGGAACGACAUUGUAAAGUCGAUAGUCAUAUACACAUGUAGCUUCUUUGAGGAUCCUAACUUUCAAGAAGUAAGUUUAUCACAUAAGAGUCCGAUUUACAUUGAACAAUUUCAUAACAUGCACGGAAAAGCUAUCAAAACUAUGUCAGAUCUCUUACCCCCACGAUCCAUGCAGUAUCAGGAUCCAAUAAGCGGUGAAAUGAAGACAAAGGGCUAUGUGGCCGAUUUGGUCAAUAACUUUGCCCAAAAAGUAAAUGCCACCUUGCAGUUUGGCUUUCUAACUCAAAACCAUAGCUUAAAAGAGAUAUCAAGAAAGGUCCAGCACGAUGAGCUUGACAUUGGCAUCACUCUGGAGACCUCUUUAUAUUCCACGAACCUUGACACAGCUAGCUAUCCAUAUCUUCUGACAUCUUACUGCCUAAUGGUUCCAGUUCCAGCAAAGUUGCCGUACAAUCUGGUGUAUUCCGCGAUAGUGGAUCACCUCGUCCUUGGCAUUAUCUUCUUGCUGUUCUGCCUGCUUUCUACGCUGCUAAUAUAUAGCCAGAAAAUGUCAUGGCAAGAGCUCAGUUUGGCCAACAUAUUGCUUAAUGAUAAAAGUCUGCGAGGUCUUCUGGGCCAAUCGUUUCCAUUUCCCUCCAAUGCUAACAAGCACUUAAGGCUGAUUUUUUGCAUUCUGUGCUUCGCAAGCAUUUUAAUAUCCACGAUGUACGAGGCUUAUCUGCAAUCUUUCUUCACGGAUCCCCCAGCCGGACCUCACAUUCGUUCCUUCAAGGAGUUCGGAAAGUUUAACCAAAAGAUUGCAAUUACUGAAAUUGAGAGAAUAAUUUUAACAAAUAUCAAUAACACACGUUUUCGUGAAAUUCACGAAAACGACCUGAGAAUAUUUCAUGACUGGCAGGAGUGCCUUAAACUGCGUGACGCCUUAAAUCGGGACUACAGUUACUUGGUGACAUGGGAUCGAUGGAGCGCCUAUGAGGAGCAGCAAAAGCUUUUUAAGGAUCCAGUCUUCUACUUUGCCAAGGACCUCUGCUUCUCUCGUCUGAUCUUUUUGUCUGUUCCCAUGCGGAGACAUCUGCCCUAUCGUCAUCUUUUCAAUGAUCAUAUGAUGCGACAGCACGAGUUCGGCUUAGUGGAUUACUGGAAGAGUCAUAGUUUUUUCGACAUGGUAAGACUUAAAAUAACACCUCUGAAGGACCUAAGUCAGCCCAAAGCGGUUAGUCCAAGCUUAAUAUUAGAUGAUAUAUCGUGGAUCCUCAAACUUUAUAUGGCCGCCAUGGCGAUCAGUAUUAUCUGUUUCAUGUCAGAAGUAGCUAGAGAAAAGUGGAGGCACCGGCGUGAACUCAAAAAUUAAACUAUACAUAGUCCCAAAGCGUUACAGACUUUUCCAAAUCCUUUAAAGUAGUAUAUAAUAAUAACCUGUUCCCUGACCUUCACAGGCAUGUUAAUACAAAGCGGAAAACAUGAAAAUUGCAUGCCAGACCACCGAGGUAGUUAGUUCUUUUAAAGUACAACAUGUGAGGCUCGCACGACACAUCCGACAGUUUUGUGUAUACCAUGUCCUGAUUAAUUAUCCUACUGCCUUGCCUUCCCACUUAAUGGCCCAAUUACGGGAUGUAGCCAUGAAAUAUAACAUAGAUCUGGAGAUCUGAUUGAUAGAUCUUCUGCAAAGAUUGCAACUGGAAGAGUCGUACGAAACCCUGCUUGUCUACGAAGAGGAUUUUCUUUUCCAUUCCCUAUCUAAACGCUUGAAUGUGCACAAAGUUCUUAUGUCUUUUAAUAGCUACCAAUUUGACUGAAGACUCAGAAUCCGAGCUCCUAUCCUCAGUUGUGGUCCUGAAGAUGACAAGGAAACUAACGACCGCACUCUCAAUAAACUGCAAAGAAGCAGACGUAUAGUAUACCUACCAGAGGAUGUUCAGCAUAACUCAUUUAUACGAUAUACGCAAAAGGAUCAAUAUAAUAUAGCUAUGGUAAACUUCGAAAAGUCAAUAGUAAGGUAUGCCGUCGCUCUGCUCAGGAUUCCAGCCUUGAAGAAAUUCGUUGAAAACCGUUUCCGUUUUCUGUAUCCUUUGCUGUACCAGCAUCAUGACCACCAUGUUUAAUGCUUACCUGAAUUCCAUCUUCAGGUACCCCCUUCAAGGGUGCUUCAAGGACAUAGACAAGUAUGAGCCAAAGAUUGAAAUUUCUGCAUUCGAGGUAAAAUCACUGGUCAAAAGCGAUAAUACAUAUUUGAAGGAAAUUCUACAUAAUGAACUAGAAAUGUGCUCUGAUUGGCUCGAAUACAUAUGGUACGUGGAGAAAUUGGAGAUCCCUUCGUUGAGAAUCAAUAACCUCUCCUUAUUUAAUUAAUUAUAAUUUUUCAAAUGCUAUAACUAAAAAAUGUUUUUGUAAUAAAAUAAAUUUAUCAGUUCAUCGAUCUAUUGAGGUUUAGUAAUUUUUAAACAUCAAAACUCUUUAAGAAUUGGAAUAAAACCCGAUUUAUUUCUACAGUUCGGCAGUUCGUUCCACUUCCACUAAUGCUAGCAACGUCCAUAAGUCAAAUCAAUAUUUCAAUGGAACACCUUUAACAAAACUAACAUAAACUUGAAAUUGUUGGGACAAACUUUACAGCUUUAGAGCUUUAAUAAAAUACUUUAAUAAAAUAAUAUUUUUUUAAGA